GGUGCAACCAUCUCUUCCAUUUCUUCGAAUUCCCCGCCAGCAGAAGCAGAAGGGAAAAGGCCAUGAAAUCGCUCCUCCAUCCAAGCCCUAAUGUCUCCCAUCUCCCUGCCUUUCAUCCAAUCAAAACCCUAAAUCACUCCGAUUCUCAGAAUCGAAUCUAUUUCCCGCUCGUAAAAACCGAUCGCGACCGUCCACUUCGCCAAAAGAGGAAUCCGACUGUGAGAUUUGCUUUGGAUUCGGCAACUGUCGAAGAGUUAAGGUUUCUCAAAGAUGAUAUACGGAACCCGGCGAUCUCGACAUCAUAUCGAAGCUCGAGUAUCCCAAGACCGAAUCAGACGGUGUUGGAAGCUCAAGCUAGGGUUUGCACGGGGCCCACGCAGACGAGGCCUCUCAGUGAAGAGCAGGCAUGUAAGGUCUUAGAUACGAUCCUCAGAUCAGCUAGGGGAGAACUCAAAGAUGAGGAGGAAGUUUCUAAAGCGCAGCUUGGGGCAUUUUUUGCUGGAAUGGCGAUACGUGCAAAUACUUUUCCAGAGGCUACACAAUGGAGUGAAGGGGAGAGGCGUGCGAUGAAUACAUUCUGGCCUCUCCUGGUUCAGGUUCUUCCCUCAGAUAUAAUUUUUAUAGCAGAUCCCGAGGGCACAAUAAUGGGAGUAGGUACAUCAAUCGGGCCUCUCUAUGUUGGGGAGGGCACUACUGAGAUGAGACUGGUAGGUGCUCUGAGGGAAGUUUUAGCGGGUGGCCAUCUUGGUUAUGAGGAGGUUCAAGGUGUUUUGAGAGAUGUUCUUCCACUAAACUUGGAUGAUAGGAAGUCAGGAAGAGUGAGUGAGUCUUUGCUUUCUGCAUUUCUGAUAGGGCAACGCAUGAAUGGAGAAACAGAUCGUGAGCUAAAAGCAUACUGCCUUGCCUUCGACGAUGAGCUUGGUCCUCCGCCAGUGGCCGAUGUUAGAUCUUUGACUCACUAUGGUGAACCAUAUGACGGAAAUACACGUUUCUUUAGGAGCACAUUGUUUGUCGCUGCUGUGAGAGCUUGUUAUGAUGAAUCUUGUUUGCUCCAUGGUGUGGACUGGAUGCCACCCAAGGGCGGCAUAACUGAAGAACAAAUGCUGAAGUUCAUGGGUGCAAAUACAAACUUGUCCGCAUUGCAGGCAAAGAAACUCCUCGAGGAUCAAGACGUCGGUUUUGCAUACAUAAGUCAACGUGAAGCUCACCCAUCUUUAUAUUCACUCAUAGGAAUGAGGGAGCACAUAAAAAAGCGACCACCACUUGCAACAACUGAGAAAGUUCAGCAGUUUGUGCGGGCUAGCGGGAGGGAGGCUAUUGUUGCCGGAUUUUAUCACGAAGGUUAUGAAGAUCCGCUGUUAAUGCUGAUGAGAAGAAGAGGUGUCCAUUCUGGUUUGGUUGUGAAGGGUGAGGAAGGAGCUCUCUCAAUGACAACAAAAACUCGGUCGAUAAAUGCAUCAAAAGGCCUUCCAGUGAACUAUUGUUCAGGAUUUCGUUCUCUGAACAUUGUAUUUGCUACUGAAAUUGAUGGAGUUUCCCGUGAGAGUUUCAGUAUUGAAGUUAAUGCCAAGGAUUAUGGCUUUGAACCAACAGAUACUCCGAGAACUGAUAGAUCGGUGUUGAGGAAUAUAGAGUUGGGUUUAUCUGCACUGCGUGGUGAAAGGGGCCCUGCUUAUGAUCGUAUCGUGUUGAAUGCGGGAAUGGUGGACCACUUGCUGGGGUGCAGUGGUGCAGAGGAUGUAAUUUCAGCAUUGGACAGAGCAAGAGAAGCCAUUGAUAGUGGUAAGGCUCUAAACAGGCUCAUGAACUAUAUAAAGAACUCUCACAAGGUCAUCUAACCAUCUCUCUCAUAGUAAAUGUUCCCCCUCUUUUUAUUAUUUUGUUCUUUGUUGUUUGUUUAUGAGAAUGCCGGCUUUAUAAGAUAAACUUCACAGGUCUCAAUAAAAGAGGGUAGAAAAGGAUAUUAUAACUGA